AUGUAUAAAUUUUGUGUUCACUUUGCAGAAAUAAACGAAGUAGUUGAUACCGUUGCGUUUCUUCUCAGCGACAGAAGUUCCAUGAUCACGGGAGUUGAACUUCCAGUUGAUGGUAUUGGCAAGGAGAUAUGUUUGCGCCUAUCAAAGUACAAAGGCACAGUUAUUGCACUAUCAAACAACAAAGAAAAUCUCGACAAAUUGUCAAAAGAAUAUCCUCAAAUACAAAUAAUUUUUGUUGAUCUUCUCGACUGGGAUGCCACAAGAGCUGCUGUCAAAAACGUCCUCCCAAUCGAUUUGUUGGUCAACAACGCCGGAGUUGCCAUUUUGGCGCCCUGUUUGAAAGCACCACCGCAACACUUCGAUACUGUGUUUGGCGUCAAUGUCAAAGCGAUGCUAAAUGUUUCUCAGGUCGUAGGACAGAACAUGAUUGAACGUAAAGUGGCUGGUCGCAUCGUCAAUUUGUCGUCUCAGGCUAGCGAAGCAGCCCUGGAGGACCACGUGGUUUAUUGUUCGUCGAAGGCAGCUGUUACCAUGUUGACCAAGUGCCUGGCACUCGAACUGGGUCGACACAAUAUUCGCGUCAACUGCGUGCAGCCAACUGUUGUUCUGACUGAGUUAGGAAGAAAAAUUUGGAGCAAAGAAGACAAAGUUGCUGAGAUGAAGAGAAAAAUUCCACUGGGAAGAUUUGCAGAGGUAGAGGAGGUAGUGGAUGCAAUCGUUUAUUUACUCAGCGAUCGAAGCUCGAUGGUAACUGGAAUUGCUUUACCCGUCGAUGGAGGAUUUCUUGGUACAUGAACAUGUACAUAGUAGAUAUAAAGAAAUUGUAUAUUUUAUAAACUAUUUUUUUCAUUUUCAAACAUAGAUGAUGCGCUGAUUACGCGUAUUAAAUAUUUUUCAUUAUAUUCUGAAAUAAAAUAAUAAUUAGUUAAAUUUCUAGUCGUAUCCAAACCCAUAUCGAGUGGUAUGACGUCAGAAAUUCUGAAUUUUCUAGGGUCGGUUUUUAAAGGUUUGUAAAAUGACGUCUUAUUCAAAGUUUUACAUUGCACAACGGAA